UUACUUCGUGAAGAGCUGAGAUUGUGCUCGCCCCUGUGGCUUCGCUACUUUGCUUGGUCGAUCAUUUUGACUACGAAAAACUUAUGGAAAUUAUCAUCUCAAGAUUUGUUUAAGAAGGGCACGCGAGUCUGGCACCGUCAUCCGGAGCUGGUAUGGAUUCCUGGCGAACUAGAGCACGACAUCACCUUUUCGACCAGGACAGUUCGCAUACGGCUUGAGGACGGCCAGGUUGAGGUAACAAAUGCCGAUCAGCUUCCUUUCCUCCGAAAUCCCGCAAUACUUGUUGGAAAGGAUGAUCUCACAGCUCUUUCAUAUCUUCACGAACCUGCCGUUCUUCACAACUUGCAAGUGCGAUUCAUUGAGCGAGAGGUCAUCUACACCUAUUGCGGAAUUGUUCUAGUAGCCAUCAACCCAUACGCUGACUGUUCACAUCUUUACGGAGAGGAUGUCAUUCAGGUCUACAGAGGUGUAGGAAAGCAGGUGCGAGAAUUGGAUCCUCACAUAUAUGCAGUAGCAGAAGAAGCUUUCUUUGACUUAGCAGAAUUCCACAAAUGCCAAUCAAUAAUCGUUAGUGGUGAAUCAGGAGCGGGUAAAACAGUUUCAGCCAAGUUUGUUAUGAAAUAUUUCGCUUCCGUAGCUGGACAUCGUGAUGGUUCAGCUGGAGUUGAAAAUAGGGUCCUUGCCACGAACCCGAUCAUGGAAGCCAUUGGCAAUGCUAAAACAAUUCGAAAUGACAACUCUUCUCGGUUUGGCAAGUUCAUUCAAAUUAACUUUGACGAAAAAUUCACGAUAUCUGGAGCGGAAUUGAAGACCUACCUCCUUGAAAAGAGUCGACUAGUUUUUCAGGCACCUCAAGAGCGAAAUUACCAUAUCUUUUACCAGCUUUGUGCAGCUCGGGACCAUCCGUUGCUACGGGAUUUGACGCUCGGACCUAGUGACGUUUACUGGUAUACUGCACAGGGUGGAGACAGCAGAAUCCCUGGCGUCGACGAUAGAGAAGAUUUCAUGGAAACUUUGAAGGCCCUCGAGUUACUCGGCUUUGGAAGCGAAAAACAAAAGUCGGUUUUUCGUAUAUUGAAGGGAAUCUUGCUUCUUGGCAAUAUAGAAUUCAAAGAAGAUGGAGAUAACUGCACAAUAUCGGUACGUAAGCUCUCACUUGCACUGCUUCAAAUCUCGCAGUUAUGUGCGGAUUACAAAAUCGACGAAGCGCAGCUGCGACUUUGGUUAACUGUUCGGGAGAUCCGUGCGGCGGGAGAGAGUGUCAGGAAGGGCCUACAACCACGUGAGGCUGUGCGGUCGCGUGACGCUCUUGCUAAACUGAUUUAUGCGCAGUUAUUCUCGUGGUUUGUACACCACUUCAAUGAAGCGUUAACAGAAAAAGAACGAAGGAUUUCUCGAAACAAAAGCUUCAUAGGAGUCCUUGACAUCUACGGGUUCGAGACCUUUGAUGUGAAUAGCUUCGAGCAGUUUUGCAUCAAUUAUGCUAAUGAGAAACUACAACAACACUUCAACCAGCAUGUAUUCAAACUUGAGCAAGAAGAAUACGAACGGGAAGAACUUUCCUGGGUGCGUAUUGACUUCCACGACAACCAACCGGCUAUCGAUCUCAUCGAAGGUAGACCUGGGCUCAUAGAGUAUCUUAAUGAACAGUGCAAGGUGGUAAACGGCUCGGAUCUGGAGUGGCUGAAUCAAGUGACGACUUCUGCUUCGUUAAAGAAAAAUGCUCAUCUACAAAUACCUCGUGUCAGAUGCACAAAGUUCAUUGUAAAACACUUCGCUGCAGAUGUUCCAUACACUGUCGAAGGAUUCUUGGAGAAAAAUAAAGACGCUGUUACAAUUUUCGUUGACUACAAUUAUAAAUUUUCAUUUUAUGUACCAUCAAAGCAAACGGUUAAGAAAACUGUUGCCAGUCAGUUUCGAGAUUCCCUUCGAGAUUUGAUGGCAGUGCUCUGUACGACGCGUCCACACUACGUUCGUUGCAUUAAACCGAAUGACUUGAAGGAGAGGUUUCACUUCGAGCCCAAGCGAGCAAUUCAGCAGUUGCGAGCCUGCGGCGUUUUGGAAACAGUACGCAUUUCCGCUGCUGGCUUCCCUACCAGAUGGACUUAUGAAGAAUUUUCACGACGCUAUCGAGUCCUCUAUCCUGAAGGGAAAGCUAUGUGGCGGGAUAAGCCGAGGAUAUUUGCCGAAAAAGCGUGUCACAAGUGGCUUGAGGAAGGUAAAUUUGCCCUCGGCAAGACCAAAAUCUUCUUCCGCACCGGACAAGUGGCACUGCUAGAACGUGUUCGAGUUGAGACCCUCAGUGUGUCUGCUACAGUUAUUCAGUCGUGUUGGCGACGAUUUUCUGCCAGAAGAAAAUACCUCGUUCUACGGAAGAGCUUGCUCACCAUUCAGGCGGCCACGAGAGCUUUUCUUGCUGUCAGACGUCUACUUUACCUUCAAAUGCAUCGCGCUGCUAUUGUUAUUCAGUCUUCUUACCGUUCCGCCAUUGUUAUACAAAAAUACUGGCGUGGCUAUCUGGCGCGGCGAGAGAAGAUCGAGUUCCGACGUAAGGUCGUACUGGUCCAGUGUUGUGUGCGGCGAUGGCUGGCUAAAAGGCGUCUUCGAGAGCUUAAGAUUGAAUCGCGAUCUGUGGUACACCUCCAGAAGUUGAACACUGGCCUUGAAAACAAGAUCAUCGAUCUUCAAAUGAAACUCGAUGUGAUGGUGAGUGAUGAUUUAACUGCAUUUUAUUAUACCAGUCGGCUCGCUCGGCUGACGCUGUGCUGCCCUUCUUCUCGUGAGUUCGCCUUGGAAAUUGAGCGACUUGAGACGGAGUGCGAUGUCAAAGAGGCGCAGAAAGGGGAACUAGAAACUAGGAUACAUGAGCUCUCAUCUCGCUUAGAUCAGGUUAACUGGAAGCAAGAUUAUACUUCAGGUUGCCAGCAGGUUAAUAUUCUUUGUAUAAUCUCUCACUUAUUCAGAACAAAGUGGAGCGAACGAUGUGCUGUAGUGGAACGCGACCGGGAUCUGAUGCGCGAACAGCUGCUUCAGAAUGCAAACAUUCUCGCUUCGUCUCACUUCAGUCGGAGUUCUGUGCAGCCGUUUUGUUCAUAUUCAGGGCGACAGCCUUUCUCUUUAAUGGGACCGGAUGGCAAUUCUGUUUCGCUCAGCGGCGGGUCAGGCGAUUUGGAAGAGAUCGCUCUCAUCCUUCGUCAACAACAGAUGAUAAAUGAUUUACGUAUGAGAGCCGAGCAGCAUCAAAGGGAAAACGAGCGUCUCCGAAAUUUGGUCGAAGCAAGUUCGUUGGUAGAUUCACUCGAGAAGAAGACAUCAUUACGUUCUUUUGAAUCUUACAAGCUUCAGGAACUUGAGACAGCACAUGCGCGAAUGAAACUUGAACUCGAGCGCCUGGUUGAGGAGAAGAUCAAUGGUGGGCUUGAAAACAUGAACGUAAAGCUCCACGAAGAAUCAGCAGAACUGCGAGCUAUGCUUUCGACGCGAUUCGAGAGGCAGUCAGCUAUGGCGAGUGGAUCUCCUCGUCCCGACUCUGGCCAUUGGUCUGCUGGCCAUUCGGAUGACGGCAGCUCGGAUCUCGAUGAAGACUUGUGCAAGGAAAGGCAGUGUCGUCAACUGAAAGCCUUGGCAGAGUAA